AUGUCGGAUCCACUGAAGCCUGAGAUCUGGGUGCUGGUGUUCCAUCAUCUCCGACAACUACUUUUCGCCCGGCAUGCGUCGCCCACGCCAGAGCGCAAAGCAAUCCCUAUAAUCGGGCUGACUGCUCUGACAUGGCACGCGUUGGCUGCACCCAUCCUCUACAACACCGUAGUAGUCGACGACUUUGGCCUACUCCUCUACGGGCUCAAGACCGGCGGCAUCUCUGGCGUCGAAAACAAAGUCGCCCUCCUCAGUCGUAUCCGUCAGCUCUUUAUCGAAUAUCAACACAAGGAGUACAAUCCCCAGAUCACCUACCGCGACAUCUUCAAAUACCAGGUCUGGGACUGUCUGUCUGACGGUCCUGGCGAGACGGUACGAAGGGCGGACUGGCAAGGCGUGCGGGAGACCAUGGAGAUUUGCGACGCAUGGCUGAUGCUGCUGGACAAGGGAGGCAAAUACAAGGCGGUAUUUACGCGUCUGCGUACGCUCGCGACGGGCGGAAUCUUCGGCCAAGAGGAAGAACUAUGGCGCCGGAUCGGGACGCGCUUCGACGAGCGAAGCCAAACCAUCCUCAACGCGCAACGGGGCAUGCUCAACUUUACGGUCAGCACCCCGAGCUUGAGACACUACUGUCAAGCCGGGCCCGUCGGUCCGCUAUGCCUGGGCGUCACUUACAUCGGAGACACUGAGCAGAACAAGCCCACCAUCGCCUCUCACAAUACCUACGAAGAUCCCACGCUUCUCCCAAUCAGCAUCGGCGUCCAGUCUCGAUUCUACAUCCACUCCACCCCGGGCGAGCAGGGCACACGCGACUGGGCGAGGCGGAACCUCGAGGAUGCCUGUCGGACCAGGGGCAACAUUGCGACGGACGAGGCGUUCGCUCGGUCUGUGCCGGACUGGGGAAUCGUCGGCGGGCUGUAUUAUCCCCCACCCGAGAUGCCAGCCCACAUGCGCCGGGGCGAGGAUAAGGAGGGGAAGAGGGAGCAAUGGCGGGGUGCGGCAGUGGAUUUCCAGGAGGAGCUAGGGAGUGUCAUUGGGAGGCGGAGUCGGGCCCUGCCGUCGUAUGUCAAGGCGAAGGAUGACUGGAAGGUGGCGCCCAUCUAUGAUGCGCCAAUGUGCUCUGGCUGUCAAUGGGAAUAUGACGAGUCUACGGCACCGCCGACCGGAUUAUCCAUGUCUAAAGCUUUCUCCGGGAUGUCUGGGAUGAAUCACAUUGCGCUAUAG